UUCCUUCUUGACAAGCCUGACAGACGUCAGGCGUUCUACGCCAUUUUCGACCACGUCUGUCUUAGGUUCCGGUUGUCAUUUUUAUCGCUUUGUCAGAAUUGAAAAAGAAGAUUUUAUAUAAUGGUUGUGUGUGCCGCUGCAAAAUGUUCCAACUCAUCACGAAUGAAACAAAUGCGUUUCUUCAAAUUUCCCAGCGAAGAAACUCGAAGGAAAAAGUGGAUGGACAGUUCUGGUUUAGCGGCGGAACCUGGACCUUAUGCUAAAUUGUGUGAGAUACAUUUUGAAGAAAGUCAGUUUGAACUUCAUAGACAAGAUGGUUGGAGAAAGUUGAAGCCAAAUGCUAUUCCAACUAUAUUUCCAGAGCCUGUAGAAUCUCCAAAGAAAAAAGAAAAACCAGCGGCAUCUCGCAGACGUAAAAGAUCACCAUCUGUUGAUUCUUUGCCAUCUCCAAAGAAGAGGCGAAAGCAUAGUCUAGCAAAUCAAGAAAAUGCUUCCUCCACAAAGAAAAAAUCUCAUGCACGUAAAAGAAAUACAAGAUCUUCUGAUUCUCUUGUAGUGCAGAAAAGAAAACAUUCUUCUACUGGUGGUUCCCAUUCACAAAAAGAAAAUGUUUCUCCUAGAAGACGUAAAAGUAAACAUCCUCGGAAAGUCAAAGCAGAACCGGAAUCAUCCUCAUCUUCAACUGAGGAAGAAGAAGACUCUGAAGAUGACGAAAGAGACCAACAGAUAGCUCUUCUGAAACGUGAAAAUGAAUCAAUGCGCCAGGAAAUUCAGGAAUUUGAAAAGCACAACAAAGCAAUGAGUAAAGUUAUUCUUGAGCUUGAAAAACACAAUAAGGCAAUGAGUUUUAAGUUACAAGAAUUAGACAAGGACAAUAAAAUUAUGAGCAAAAAAUUACAUGAUUUAGAAAGACAGAAUGAGGAUCUGAAAUCUAAGUUAAAUUGUUGUUUUUCUGAAGAACAGCUGGCUAGAAUGGAUAAAAUGAAACAGCUGGGUAAAAUUGAAAGGUAUAUACCAGCAAUAAAAUAAUAUUUGAAAGAUUUUAUCUGGAAAUCACAGUUGUAAAAUAUUUCCUGUAAUGUCAUUUUAUGUCCUGUACAUUUUGUGACAAUUAUAUGAGUUCAUGGGCCACAUUUAGUUAUCAGAAUAGCAUAAAAGCCAUUUCCAAAAAAAGUUUGAUAUUUAAUUGAGGCAAAUAAAAGUGAUGAAAUUGAUUGCAAAUAAAAUUCGUAAAUGUAGAUAUUUCA